AUGGUUCCGCACCCUCUUGGGAGAUUACUGUCAUUGGAUCGCGAUGUCAAGGAUAUGAAGAGUUCGGAAGAAUGGAAGACGUCAACAAAGAAGGAGACUCUCGGUGCUCUCGAGCAAGAGUUGGCGAAACUCUUAACCACUUCCACUCAGGCGGAUGUCGAGAAGAACCGGAAAGAGUUGUCUGGAUUCCGCAAUCUUUUCGCUAGAUUUCUGCGGGCUAAGACUCAUGUGGAUUGGGCCAAAAUCGAACCUCUGCCGGAAGGAUCUAUAAGAGGGUACAAGCAUCUCGAACAUCCCAGCAAUGAUGAAGUAAUCGCUUCCAUGCUGAACAAGUUGGUUGUGGUGAAACUGAACGGAGGGUUGGGUACCUCCAUGGGGUGCAAAGGUCCUAAAUCUGUGAUUCCUGUGCGAAAUGAGCUGACAUUUUUAGAUUUAACACUUCAACAGAUUCAGACUUUGAAUAAAACUUACGGUGUUGACGUUCCUCUUGUUCUGAUGAACUCGUUCAAUACUGAGGAAGACACAAAGAAAGUGCUAAAAAAGUACGCUAACGUUAAGGUGUCAGUCUACACGUUCUGCCAAUCACAAUAUCCUCGUGUUAACCGCGAGACGCUGAUGCCGAUCGCAAAGUCGUUGGACGAUGCCGACGUAGAGUGCUGGUAUCCACCCGGGCAUGGUAAUUUCUACGAGGCAUUUUACAAUUCUGAUCUUCUCGACAAAUUUAUCGCAGAUGGAAAGGAGUAUUGUUUCCUAUCCAAUAUCGAUAACAUGGGAGCGACAGUGGAUUUCGCUAUCCUUAAUUUCCUGCUUUCUCCCCCAGCGGGUCACGAGCAUCCAGAAUUUUUGAUGGAGGUCACUAAUAAGACCAGAGCAGAUGUUAAGGGAGGUACCCUCAUUCAGUACGAGAAUAAACUUAUGCUCCUUGAGAUUGCACAGGUCCCUAAGGACUAUGUGGACGAAUUCAAGUCCAUCAGCAAAUUCCGGAUUUUCAAUACCAAUAAUUUGUGGGCGAAGCUAUCAGCCAUUAAAAGAGUCGUGGAGAACAACGAACUCGAAAUGGAGGUCAUAGUAAAUCCGAAACACCUCGAUCGUGGACUUGACAUUAUCCAACUAGAGACUGCCGCUGGUGCCGCUAUUAAAAACUUCCGAGGGGCAUGUGGAAUUAACGUUCCGCGAUCACGUUUUCUGCCGGUAAAGAAGUGCUCAGAUCUACUGUUGCUCAUGUCGAAUUUGUACGAUAUCGAUCAUGGUAGCCUUACACUGUCAGAACAUAGGUCGUUUCCAACGACUCCACUUGUCAAGCUAGGAUCAAGUUUUGAUAAAGUCUCGGACUUCUUAAAACGUUUCCAAGGUAUCCCGGAUUUACUAGAAUUAGAUCACCUCACAGUUUCUGGAGAUGUGUGGUUUGGGAAGGAUGUAACACUUAAGGGCACAGUGAUCAUAAUUGCAAAUCACGGUGACAGGAUCGACAUCCCUCCUGGAUCCAUUUUAGAGAACAAGAUAGUUUCUGGCAAUCUGCGCAUCUUAGAACAUUGA